GGUCUUAUUAGGCGCAUUAUUCCAGCCCUCCCGUCUCUCCUCCCACUCCGAGCUUCCACUUUCCCACUUACACAUCUCAUCUCCUAGCAACCGUUGAUCGCCCGCGUUUCCCGUCGCAUAACAAUCUUAACCAUCACCAGCCAACUUUAGCAUUACUAUCGCCAACAAGCUACUGUUUCAUAUAAAGACUAUAAUACGAUUUAUAUAUUAUUAUUCAUAUUAAAUCUAUAUAACUAUUUGCGCAACUGGUAUUUAUCUAGGUAACUAUACCGCGCGCAUCGCAUUCCCGCCAUAGUCGCAUUUCACUUAAAUCCUCGUAACUUAAUCCCGCUUGGAGCAACCUUUUCUCUCGACACGCACUUAACGCGACGCAAACAAGUAUAAAUCAAUCAAUCAGUCAAUCAAUCAUUACUCGAAUAAGUCUUUCAAGAUGUUAAUGCCGUCCGCACUUUCGUGCGACUCGCACCCGCCUGUCACUAGGCUUCAAUCCGCUCUUUUCGCGUCGCCACCUGCUAGUCCCCCGUCGAACGCGCACAACAGCACGCUCGGAAACAUCUUCCAGUCGUGUCGCGCGCUGCAAUCCAUGCUUACCGCCCCCGCGACAAUCACAUCAAAUGACACCAACACCAACGUCGACGCGCGCCACCGGGAUCCGCUGCCUACACCGCCGAUGGCUCACACCGCUCUUCCCCCUCUGAAACUGCGCCUGCGAUCGCGCAGAGCAGCAGCAGCAGCAGCAGACACCAAUGGGGACGCUCUGCCCAGGAAGAGAGUCGUGAAAAAACGAGCGCCACCCCGCGGCGCCAAUAAGCGACGCCGUGCGGUCGAGGAUGACAUGGGUCGCGACAACGAUAUCGACAGCGAUCUAGAGAUAAGCGGUUCAGAGAACGGCGAUCGGAGCCUAGACAGCGAGGAAGCAUCUGCACGACCUAGCACACCAAAGCGCGCUCGCCUCGCGCCGGAAGUAAUACCGCUAGGUCUGGGGCGGGGAGACUUCCACAACCUGCAUUCUACUACUGCAAGGGAGGAAGAGGAGAAGAGCAUGAGCAUGAGCAUGAGCAUGAGCAUGAGCAUAGCGGAAGGUACCGACGUGGAAGUGGAAGCGGAUGGCGAGCAGUGGAGCAAAGAGGACGAUCGGAUACUAGUCGAGCUAGUCCUGGAGAAGCUCAAGCUGUCCAAGACGGAUUGGCAGGACUGCGCGCGGAGCCUGGGCAAAGACCGGAGCAGCAUCGGGCGCAGGUGGAGGAGCCUGAUGAUAAAUGGGGAUGUCGGGCUCAAGCCGUCGAGGAGUCGGCGAAGCAAAUUACACAGCACCUGGAGGUGAAGUCCACGUGCCUCGAUUCCAUUCUUUUCACAUGCUUUACUUUGUCUAACUAUUACUACUUAUUAUUCUACUCUUCUCUGAGAUCUCAAGAUAUACGAGAUCUGGUUUGUAUUUUUUUAAGAGAUUUAUUAUGGCUUCGGGAGGAGAACACAAAAGGGAAAGGCUAGGCGCUUUAGAGGAAACUGGGAUACCUGGGUACGAUAUCCCCCAUAUCGCGCACAAAUGAAUGCGCUUGAUAGGUCGGCGGUUAUUGUUUAUACUCUUUUUUUUAUUAUUAUCUUAUUUUGGAUAUCAACUAUUGUUGAAAAGGAAAUAGAAUCAUCAUCUUACCUCAUUUUUCACCAGUCUCUUAAUCAUCUACCAUGGCCGUGUCUCCAAAUACGAAAUCUCACUCUGCCCUCCUUACU